AUGCUCGAGCCUCCAAACGCACCGUUUACACGACCCGAAUCCGGCGUUCCAUCUCUCUCUCCUUCGUCGACUUCCCUAUCCGUCAACUAUAUACCCUCCAAAUUCUCUGCGCCAGGGAUACACAAGCGAAAGGCAGGUGCAAAUGAUGCUGCAAAAGCCGGUGGUGGAAGGGAAGCGUUCCGCAGCAACGAGGCCCGCAUGCCUAGCGCAAACGAUGAUGAUUACGACGGUGUAGACAACAUCAAUCUUUUGCAAGUCCGUCCAAAGUUACGUUGGAACCGAUUUAAGUGGAUCCUCUUUACGACAAACCUUCUCGUUACCAUCUAUUCGCUCGUUUGCCUCAUUUUUUGCAUCCUCACUUGGCUCAACGUAUGGCAUCAUGCAGAUAUUAUUCGCGUAGGGAACACCGCAGAACUGACUGUCUCCACCAUCGCAUCCAUCAUCGGCGUUAUCGCUUCCCUCUUAGGCUGGGCAGGCAUCCUUCUCAAUAACCGUGGCUUCCUCGCAGUGUACACCUUCAUCCUCUGGAUACUCUUCGCGUUCAUCUGUGCACCAGGAUACAUGACCUACAAGAAACGCACUUUCAAUUUGGAGGGCAAAAUCAACGCCCAAUGGUCUCGCGAUCUUGGCAUGGAUGGGCGCGCACGUAUUCAGAACCAACUCCACUGCUGCGGAUACUAUUCCCCCUUCGUCGAAGCCACCGUUACGCAAAUGUGUUACGCACGAUCCGUGCUUCCCGGCUGCAAGAACCCGUAUCUCAAGUUCGAGCGCAUGGCUCUCGAGAGAUGGUACUCCGUCGCAUUCGGUCUCGUUCCCUUCCAAUUAGCUGCGAUUCUCGCCGCAUUGAUGUGCUCAAACCACGUCACAUACCGAUGGGGAAAGGGUAUGAUGCCUAAAGCCUAUCGCCUCGAUAUGAGCAGCAUGGCGCUCAUCAUCGACAAUUAUGCCAACCAACUUGCGGACCGUUUAGGAGGCAAUAACGGCGGCACCCGGUCGGGUACAAGCACACCACCUGGCUACUCCGCACCUCCGCCUCACUCAGGUGGUCACGCACAUUACACGUCACUUAGCGGCGUAAAUGGAGACGACUACGGGAAAAAGUUGUAA